AUGACUGAAACUGUCCGGACAACGUUUGAGAGGUCAACCAGGCGAUCCGCGUUGAAGUUGCCAUUAGCCGUUCGUUGUCCAAGUCUCCGCGUCGUCUCCACGACUCCACUUGCUGUAGUUGGUACUGCUGCUACCAUCCCAUUACCACGCGCCCCUUUCUCUCCUCGCCGAGAUCGAUACACGGAUAGAUCUCGCCUCGCCGGCGAAGCGGGAGAGGAGAAGGACGCCAUGGGGAACUGCUGCUGUGACGAGAUGGGCGCCGGCCGCCACUCCGUCGGCCACGCCGCCUCCUCCGCCGAUGCCGCUUCCACCGUGGCUGAUCGCUUCCUCCGCUCCCGCGGCGCCGGCGCGUCCACGCAGAUCGAGUUAUCUCUCUCCGCAUCAAAUUUGGGCGAUCAAGAAUAUUUCUUCAAGAGCAAUCCCAUAGUCGUCGUGUAUUCGAGCAAUGACGGAGCACUUGAAGAAAUUGGGCGCACUGAAGUUAUUGUAAAUUCAUCGAGCCCGUCAUGGAAUGCAAAGAUCAUUUUGCAAUACCAGUUUGAAGUUCUUCAGCCAUUGGUGUUUCAUAUUUAUGAUAUUGAUCCGCAGUUUCAUGAAGUCGGUGAAAAGAUGCUUAAACUGGAGGAGCAACAGUUUCUUGGAGAAGCCAUCUGUAAUUUAUCCGAUGUUAUCACCAAACAGAAUAGAUUGUUCACCCUAAAGCUUGGUGUUUCUGAGCACAACUUACCAAAUCCUAGUAAAUUUGGUGAGUUAACUGUUCAGGCCGAAGAAAGUGCUGGUUCAAAAGCAUUAAUGGAAAUGGUAUUCCACUGUUCAGAUCUUGAAAUCAAGGAUCUUCUUUCAAAAAGUGAUCCUUUCUUGCUAAUAUCCAGAAUGUCAGAGAACGGAACACCUGUUCCAAUUUGCAAGACAGAAGUAAGGAAGAAUGAUCUCAAUCCUAAGUGGAAGCCAGUGAUUAUGAAUCUCCAACAGGUCGGAAGUAAGGAGAAUCUCCUCAUGAUAGAAUGCUUCAACUUCAGUAGCAAUGGCAAACAUGACCUAGUUGGCAAGAUAGUAAAAUCAGUCGCCGAAUUGGAAAACAUGUACCAUAGUGGGAAUGGUGAAAAUUUCUUUGUUCCUGCCAGCAAUGCACAUGAUUGUCAUAGUAAGGAGGUAUUGAAGAGCCAGGUAUAUGUGGAGAAAUAUCUUGAGAAUAGUAGACAUACUUUUAUCGAUUAUAUUUCUGCUGGGUGUCAAUUGAAUUUGAUGGUAGCCAUCGACUACACAGCUUCAAAUGGAAACCCUCGGCUUCCAGAUUCCUUGCAUUAUAUUGACCCCUCCGGACGGCCAAAUGCGUAUCAAAGAGUAAUACUGGAGAUUGGAGAUAUACUACAGUACUAUGACCCAGCUAAGCGUAUCCCCUCUUGGGGCUAUGGGGCAAGACCUAUUGACGGUCCUGUUUCACACUGUUUCAACUUAAAUGGCAGCACUUAUCAGCCUGAGGUUGAGGGAAUACAGGGAAUUAUGUCAGCUUAUAUCAGUGCGCUACGCAAUGUGUCAUUGGCUGGUCCUACACUCUUUGGUCCUCUACUUAGCACGGCUACAGCAAUAGCAAGCCAAUCCCUUACAAACAACCAACAGAAAUACUUUAUUCUGUUAAUAGUGACGGAUGGUGUAGUGACUGAUUUUCAGGAGACUAUUGAUGCAAUUAUAAAGGCAUCCGAUUUUCCUUUGUCCAUCAUUGUUGUUGGAGUUGGUGGGGCUGACUUCAAGGAAAUGGAGUUUCUGGAUCCAAAUAAAGGGGGAAGAUUGGAAAGCUCAACGGGGAGAGUUGCAUCAAGGGAUGUGAUACAGUUCGCCCCAAUGAAAGAUGUGCAUGGUACUGGGAUAUCCAUAGUUCAGUCACUUCUUGCUGAAAUACCUGGGCAGUUCAUGACUUACAUGAGAACAAGAGAAAUUCAAGCAAUUAGUUAA